AUGACCUCCUACGCCGACCUCAUGGCCCGAGAAUUCGUCAUGGCGUUCCGUGAUCUGCAGAAGGACUCUACCAAUCAUGAAAAGCUGGCCUCUUUUGUCCGCAGACACUACGUGAACAGGCUUAACGGGCCCGAGUUCGUCUCAGCACUCACAAACAAGCCAGGUAAUGAUCAUUUCAUCGUUCACAACUUCUUCAAUGAUUUAUCGUGUCAUUAUAAGGAGCAUUUGGUGAUGCUGACGACGCUCAAAUCCAUGGAUGAGAGCUUAGUCAAGCGCAUCGACUCCAUCGAUGUCUCUAAGAAGGUGUCGGCUGUUUUCUUCACGCUCGCUGCCAUGUUCUUCACGGCCGCGGCCGCGAUUGCUGCUGCGAAUGCCAAUUCCAAGAGGGAAGCUGCGACUGGGAAAAUAGCAGCUGGGCCAGCUGUGGCAGCGGCAGCAGCAGCGGCCUCCAUUCUGUUUGGUGCAGUUGGGAGAUGGAUCCAUUCGCUUCUGAACAAGCGGGAAACUGCAGCCGGGAAACACAAGGAGAUAAUUGCGGUUAUGACUAUUGGCGCCAAAUUCGGCAUGGGAGAUCUUAGCUCCAUUCAUAACGUGGCUAGGAUGCUGGAGUUCCAGAACAAAUCUAUGUCGGAAAAGGUUGAUGAUGGGAAUGACAAAGUGGCGGCUGUGAAAAGGGGCUUUGAAGAAUUGGUAGCGAAAGUUGAAGCAUACAGUGAUAGGAUGAAGUGGGCUAGAGAUGGUGCGCUUGAGAGUAUUAUCAAGUACCUGGGUUAA